AUGUCUGGCGAACUGGAAGAUCUGAAGCGCAUCCUCACCUCCUUACGUUCGGGAACCGACGACCAGGCCGCAGCUGUUCUAGCAAGACUAAGACUCGGCGAAUUACCUGAAGAUGUUGCCAAGUCCCUUCCGACCACAGCAUCCUCAGCGGCAUCCGGUCAACUUCCCAGCUUAGUGGGUCAGGAGUCCUCGGACACAUCUGGAAGUGGAAUGAGUCAGGAGAUAUCGAAUGUGCUCGACGCAGACACAGGCAUCUUGAGAUGUCGCCAAGGCUCUGCUGUGUUCUUGACGUCGCCUACAAACCAAGUACCAAGCUGGCAGUCUCCUGCGACCGUUCCUUCGUCUCCUUUUACACCUUCUACUAAAGGAAAACAGCCGACAACCGGAGAUUCAGCGACAAUCCAGCCCUUUCUCGUUCCCUUGUUCGACCGAGAUGACUAUCUUCUGGUUAAGACCGAGAAAGAGGAAGACAGUGAAGACGACGAUAGCACAGAUGAGAGAAUUGACCCCCGGCUUUUGCAACAAGUCCCGAACUUUGAUAUCGGAAGAGUUCCUACGCCAUCUUCCAGGAGGUCUUUGCGCAAUCAACAAACUAUCCGAUCGAUAUACCCGACCCAGCUCACUGGUCGACAGCCUAACGUGAACGUCCUCAGAGUCCAUCCCGAUCUAAACCUCCGCAACCUCUCUGGCAAUAUGCCCUUUUCUAGCAGCAUCAAGACCAAUUAUUAUCUAGCUGAUGUCCAAGGCACACGAGCCAGCAACCUGUUGCUUCCCGCAUGGGCCAUGUUACCCAUACAUACACUGCCUGACCCAGGCUCGCUAAGACACACAAUACCAGGAGUCCUACGGGAAGCUACGAACAUGAUGAACAUGGGAGUAUCUGUAGAGCAGAUCAUCGAAACACAUCCCAGCAUCGCAGCCCUCUUUGAUGAGGACGUCUUCAAGAACUCGGGUAUACUUUCCAAGUGGGCUGUUGGCAUGGUGCACAGCGUAUAUCUGAAGGGCGACACAUUCACAUGCUUCGGCUCCAUGUACCUCUUCUGGUACCUAAUGCGAUGGAUGAUCUCGCCGUCCCCAUCAACCUACGAAGCAAUGCCAGAAUGGUUCCGCCCCACGCCCAACCAGCUCUUCAUGCCCCACAUCGACAUUGUCGACUUCGUCGUCUGGCCCGCGUUCCGCGAACUCGCUGUCCAAAUACCGGCGAUGCAAGAGCGCAUGGAAUGGCUCAUGGACAUGAGUAUCAACACCCUGUGCGACUGGUCCUUUGCUACGGGUGAAGCGCUCUGCAAGCAUGAGAAGACGGGUCAGGUGGAUUUGUGCCCUACGGCUAAAGAGGCGGUACACACUUUGUCGAAUUGGUCUGUUGGACCGAGAUUUAGGGGACGAGCAGGAAGGCAUCGAAGAGCAGGCGGCGAUGAUCUCCGGCUCCAUGAAAAAAAGAAAUGGCAGACGCCGAAUUUCAAAUAUAGACGCAGCGUCAUGGAAGGAGCCCAGCACGAUACCAACGAAGUAUCUUACACGGAGAUACAGUGCCACGCCAAAAUGAAUAAGGCAUGCACUAGAUGCCGGAAGCACAAAACGAAAUGCUCUGGCACCAGACCGCGCUGCAUCGGAUCGCUUGAGAGAGGCGUUACAGAAGAACCAAACCUUGACCACGCUAUUGAACGAUAUUAG